AUGGGAUGGCUAUGGAGCUCUAGUCCUCAAACGGACAUCUCUAAUGAUGCAAAGCCCCCAGUGGCAGCGCAAUCCACAAUUCAAAAUGCACCACCCAAAAAGUUGACACCAGACGAACAAGCCGACCUGGAAUUCGACCAGCUCCUGGCCGACCUCCGAAAAGCAGACAGUUCCUUAAACGAUGAAUUUCAAUCUUCUUCAUUGCCGUCAAAUGGUACUCAAUCCGACCAACCCACCUCAUCUAUCGCACCUGAAUCCCUCUAUGCCGACACCAUGUCCUGCCGCACAGCUUUCGACUACGCCUUCUUCUGCCAGUCCUUUGGUGGACAAUUCGUGAAUGUAUAUCGAUACGGAGAAUUGCGGUCCUGCAGUGAACACUGGGAUAACUUCUGGUUGUGUAUGAGAACCCGAGGUUGGUCAGAUGAGUUGCGCAGGAAGGCCAUUCGGGACCACAACCGGAAAAAGGCAAUCAAAUACAAGACAGGUCCUAGCAGUGAGGACGUGUGGGAUGUGAGACUUGAUCCUGCGAAGGAGUCCUUCCGGGGUGAUUUUGCGGCUCUAGAGCGGGAGAUGAAAGCCGAAGAGGAGGCUCAGCAGAAACCCGCAGCAUGA